AAGUCGGUCAACAAGAGAGACACGACACGACCAUAUGGUCAGUUCGUACGAAGUAUCGAUUGCCAGUCACCUCUCCCUACGCUACUUCUUGAUUUGACCGUAACAAACCCUUGAUCGAAAAGCAACCCGAGUUUCAUCUUUUCUAGUGUUGGUAGCCACGCGAUAUGGGGAAGAGAAAGUCAAGAGCUAAGCCCCCUCCAAAGAAGAGCCUCAAACUUGAUACUGUUUUCAGCUGUCCUUUCUGCAAUCACGGGACCAGUGUGGAAUGCCGCAUUGAUAUGAAGAACUUGAUUGGUGAAGCCAUAUGUAGGAUAUGCCAAGAGAACUUCAGCACUACAGUUACAGCUCUGACGGAAGCAAUUGACAUAUACAGCGAGUGGAUUGAUGAGUGUGAGCGAGUCAAUACCGUGGAAGAUGAUGCCGAAUGAUAAGAUAAUGAUGGGCAGGAAGGUUGUUGUUGCUCUGUGCAAAUGAAAUAAUCAUCUCAUGCCCAUCUUUUAUUCGAUGUAUGUGCUCGAUCCUUACUACCUAGUUGAACCAUCUGUCUCAAACUAAUCAAAGGUGGACUUCUGGAUAUGUAUGUAACUAUGUAUUGUUGAGUGACAAGGGUAGAUCUUAGGUGCGCAACUGGUUUGUUCUUGUAAGUUGUAAUAUAUGUCGUCUCGUUAGUUUGUUUUCUUAAUGUAAUGCCAUAAUAAGACUGGUCAGUCAAGGUUAUUCUGAAAUCUGAACUUGGUUAGUCCUA